AUGACAACCGCGGCAAUGCAGCCCAAGGUCCCAGAUGCCGUCGAGUGCGUCGAAAAAAUCGACUCGUCCUUUUCAGAGCAGGGCAAAGAGACCAAGUCGACUGAUCCAUAUUACGACGAGGAAUAUACCCGUGCGGAGCAGAGAAGGAUCAUCCACAAAGUCGACCGGCGUCUCGUUGUCGGUCUGGGACUGGCAAUGGCCAUUGCUCUCAUGGACAGGACAAAUCUCGGUUCAGCUGCUAUUGCAGGCAUGACCGUCGACCUCGGCCUUGAGCACGGCCCUCGAUAUUCCCUUAUAUUACUGGUAUUCUUCAUUCCGUUUGUCCUCUCUCAGUUGCCCGCAGCUGUUGUCAUCCGAAAAGUGGGACCCCGAGAUUUUAUCACCCUUAUCACGUUCUGCUGGGGGGGAGUGAUGAUGUGUUUCGGUUUUGUCCACGAUUGGUGGGUGUUGAUUAUCCUGCGCAUAUUAAUCGGCAUCCUCGAGGCAGGCUUGUUGCCAGCUUGUAUUCUGCUCUUAUCGUGCUGGUACACAAGAUUUGACGUGCACAAGCGCUUCUCAUCCUUCUACCUUAUAAGCAGCGUGGGAUCAGCCAUCGCGCCUGUCCUAGCAUGUGGCUUCAUGCAAAUGGGAGGUCUCUCAGGCUUGGCCGCUUGGAGGUGGAUCUUCAUCAUGGAAGGUCUCCUCACCAUCGCCGUGGCCUUUAUCAACUGGUUCUUGCUCGUGGACUACCCACUCGACGCUCACAAAUGCUGGAAAUUCUUGACCAAGAAAGAGGAAGACUACAUCAUUCGUCGAAUUAAUCGCGAUCGCGCCGAUGCCAACGCCGAUCAUAAGUUCAACCUUCGCCAAUUCAUUCGUCCUGGCAAGGACUGGAGAGUCUGGCAAUACGCCAUCAUAUACAUGUGUGGAACCGCUGUUGCAUAUUCCCUGUCAUUCUUUCUUCCCAUCAUUCUUCGUCUCAAACUCGGAUACGACGUCACGGCCGCGCAAGCAUUAUCGACUCCACCUUAUGUCUUCGCCGGUAUCUUCAUGUAUGUCGAAGCCUGGCUUGGAGACAAGUACCAUAUUCGAGGACCCAUCAUCAUCUGGAACUGCCUCCAGUCGAUUUGUGGUUUGUGUCUCCUCGGCUGGGUCAAGGCUCCUGGAGUUCAGUACUUUGGCAUUUUCCUCGUUGCGUCCGGAGUCAACGGCAAUGUCCCCGCAACUUUGGCCUGGCAGGCCAACAACGUUCGUGGGAAUUGGAAACGGGCAUUCUGUAGCGCCUUGCUCAUCAUGGGUGGCGGCACUGGCGGUGUCAUUGGGUCCUUGGUCUUCCGCUCCCAAGAUGCCCCUACAUAUCUGCCUGGAAUAGAAGCUUCCAUUGUUGCCAACGUCAUCUCCAUCAUCUGCGCCGUAGUAAUGAUGCUGAGCUUGUAUGCCUCCAACAAAAAGGCUGCAGCAGGACGUACUGUUCUGGAAGAAUUGCCAGGCUUCAGGUACACGCUCUAA